CGCGAGACUCGCAAGAGGGACGUAGCAACAAGACCUCGCGAGAAGCGCCGCGAUCCCAGCAACGAGACAACCAAAAUAAAGUGAUCACAACAAACCCGUAGCGCAUGAUGGCGGCUUCGCUGCUGCGCCGGGACAAGAGAUCUACCGCCGCCCACUUGAAGGCAGACCUGAAGAGGACUGACAACAGCUCAGGGCUGCGGCAGCUGCGGGAGCUGCUGGAUAACGUGCUGCACCCGGAACGGGGCUCGGAGCCGGAGGCGCUGGAGUGGUGUAAAUCGCUUUUGGCAGGAGGAGACGGCUUCGACGAGUUCUGCCGGACCGUCCGAUCCUACGAUAACGCCACCCUGUGCGGGCUGGUGUGGACCGCCAACUUCGUGGCGUACCGCUGCCGGACCUGCGGCAUCUCGCCGUGCAUGUCGUUAUGCGCGGAGUGCUUCAAUAACGGCGACCACACGGGCCACGAUUUUAACAUGUUCCGGAGUCAGGCCGGCGGGGCCUGUGACUGCGGGGACGGGAACGUGAUGAGAGAGAGCGGGUUUUGUAGUAGGCAUCGGUUACAAACAGGAGAGAAUGUGCCAUCGGUCCCUCUGGAUCUGCUGCUCAUGUCUGAGAUGGUGCUGCCACGGUUUAUCAUCUCUAUUAUUCAGUACCUGAGAGACGGCUACACAGAGCCAGAGUCGGCCGCUGACAGAGAUCUGCAGAAGGUUCUUCAGCAGUUAGACCUGCACAUAUCCUUCUUAGAAGAGCUCACCAAGAUGGGCGGAGCCAUGCGCACCGUUCUCACCAAGAUCUUAACCAAUCAGCAGAUCUUUAAAGAACUGAGCAUGGGUCAAGAGGAGAGUGUUUAUGCGAAGAGCAACUAUGAGAAGUAUCUGUCAGCAUUGAAGAGUUCAGGUCUGGUGUCAGUGGAGGAGAAAGGAGCCGGAGCUGGGGCAUCAGACACCCCAGCUGGGGCAGGAGCGCUCGGUCUACUGGGAGCUGCUGCCAGUCUGGAGGACUCUAGCAAAGAGGAGGAUCAGGAUGGACUGCAGGGUGUGGGCCAGAGGAAAAGAGUAAAGCUCAGUAGCAGUUCCAAAGAUCCAUCCAUAAUGGACACCCUGAAACAUAAAUGUUUUUUAGAAGAGUUAUUGUUUUGGACUAUUAAGUAUGAAUUUCCACAGAAGAUGGUCACCUUUUUGCUCAACAUGUUGCCAGAUCAGGAUUACAAGAUCACUUUCACUAAAACCUUUGUACAGCACUAUGCCUUCAUCAUGAAGACCCUCAUGAAGAGUCAUGAGUCGGACACCAUGUCCAACCGCAUCGUUCACAUCAGCGUGCAGCUCUUCAGUAACGAGGAGCUGGCCCGACACGUCACAGAGGAGUGCCAGUUACUGGACAUCAUGGUCACCGUGCUCCUCUACAUGAUGGAGAGCUGCCUCAUCAAGAGCCAACUGCAAGAUGAGGAGAACAAUCGUCACGUGGUGGUGAACUGUGGUGAAGCUCUACUGAAGAAUAACACCUACUGGCCUUUAGUUAGUGAUUUUAUUAAUAUCCUCUCGCACCAAAGUGUGGCCAAGCGCUUCCUGGAGGAUCAUUCUCUGCUGCUGCUCUGGAUGAGUUUCGUCUCCUUCUUCCAAGGAAUGAAUCUUAAUAAGAGAGAGCUGAGUGAGCACGUGGAGUUCGAGUCUCAGACGUAUUAUGCGGCGUUUGCAGCCGAGCUGGAGGCCUGUGCUCAGCCCAUGUGGGGUCUCCUGACACACUGCAAAGUCAAAGAGACCCACGAGUACACGAGGACAGUGGUGCGCUACUGUCUGGAAACCCUUCAGAUGUGGUUUGAUGCCAUUGGGUUUGUAGAUGAGCCUGCUCUCCACCAGCUGACCUUUCAUUUACCUCUUCAUAGAUACUAUGCCAUGUUCCUCAGCAAGGGAGUGAAGUGUCAAGGUCUGGAUUUGGACAGUUUGCUUCCUGAUCAGGAGAUGCUUAUGAAAAUCAUGGUUCACCCUCUUCAGAUACAGGCUAGCCUGUCUGAGAUCCACAGUAACAUGUGGGUGAGAAACGGGCUGCAGAUUAAAGGUCAGGCCAUGACUUAUGUCCAGUCUCACUUCUGUAACUCCAUGAUUGACCCGGACAUCUACCUCCUGCAGGUGUGUGCAUCUAGAUUGGAUCCAGAUUACUUCAUUUCCUCAGUGUUUGAGAGGUUCAAGGUGGUGGACUUGCUGACGAUGGCGUCUCAGCAUCAGAACGCAGUGCUGGACUCGGAGCAGGAGAGACCCAUGCUGGAGGGAGCGCUCACCUUCCUGGUCAUCCUCAGCAGUCUCAGAGUACACUUAGGGAUGUCUGAUGAUGAGAUUUUGAGAGCGGAGAUUGUGUCACAGUUGUGUAUGAAUGAUCGUACCCACAGUUCCCUGCUGGAUCUUAUCCCGGAGAACCCCAACCCUAAGAGCGGUGUGGUGCCGGGCAGCUGUAGUUUUGAGGAGAUGCUGGCUGCUGUAGCUGAUUUCAAAGCCCCGGUGUUUGAGCCGGGAGGAUCCAUGCAGCAGGGCAUGUACACGCCCAAAGCGGAGGUCUGGGAGAAAGAGUUUGACCCUAUAAUGGUGAUUCUACGCACAGUGUACCGCAGAGACGUGCAGUCGGCCAUGGAUCGAUACGGAGCAUUUUUGAAACAGUCAGGCGUUCAUACGGGGAACCCCUGGCCGCCCUAUAAAGAGAGGACCCCUCUGCACCCCUGCUAUAAAGGACUGGUGCGCCUCCUGCACUGCAAAACCCUUCAUAUCGUCAUCUUUACACUGCUUUACAAGAUCUGGAUGGAUCAUCAGAACAUGUCUGAACAUGUGUUGUGUAUGGUGCUCUACCUGAUAGAACUUGGACUUGAUAAUCCGGUCCAGGACAAUCAAGUGGAAGAAGAGCCCUGUAUUGAGGAGCACUGCCAUGACAGCUGGUUCCCAGGCACCAGUCUGCUGUCUAACCUCCAUCACGUCAUCAACUUUGUGCGUGUUCGAGUGCCAGAGACAGCACCUGAGGUGGAGAGAAAGAGAGCGAGGGAGAGAGAACGAGAGACUCCAGCCAGCACCAGCUCUGAGAGCAGCAGCUUCGGACAGAACCUGCGUGAAGCUCAAGUGUUCAGUCUAGUGGCGGAGCGCAGAAGGAAGUUCCAGGAGAUCAUAAACCGCAGUAACCACGAGGCCAGUCAGGCGGUGCGGCCCAAGUCCUCGUCCUCUCGCUGGCUGCCGCCCGGCUCGCCUCCGCAGCUGGUGACCGAGAUCCUGGAGAUCGGUGAGAGCAUGCUGUCUCUCCUGGUCAAGCUGCACCAGAAACUGUCUGGCAAGCAGAACUCUCUGUCUCUGAGCUGGCUGGCCGAGGUGGAUCCAGCCCAUCACGCGCACGGAGAUGGGUUAACAGCCAUCGAGAGAGUCUUGGCCAAAGCUGCCGCCCGUAGCCGGCACAGCAAGAGGUGCCUACAGGAAAUCUGUGGGCAAGUGUGUCCACCCAUACCGCUCAAGAAGAACAGUCCCGGAGAUAAGAAGAGUAUGGACAAGGAAGAGAGGCGUCAAAGGGCUAGAGAGAGACAGCAGAAGCUGCUGGCGGAGUUUGCCUCCAGGCAGAAGAGCUUCAUGGAGACUGCCAUGGAUGUCGAGUCACCUGAAACCGAUUCAGUGAUGGACAUGGGCUCGGCAGAAGCUCUGGACUCAGAGGUUCUCUAUGACUGUGUGAUCUGUGGCCAGAGCGGUCCGUCUACUGAAGACAGACCCACAGGACUGGUGGUACUGCUGCAGGCAUCUUCAGUGUUGGGGCACCGUUGCCGAAGUGACACACCCAAGCGAUUGCCUACUACGGAUGAGGAACAUAUCUCCCCCGAGGACACGUGUGGAGCGACCCAUGAUGUUAGGCUGUCCCUUAUGCAACGCUACUUUAAAGAUAGUUCCUGUCUGCAGUCUGUGUCUAUAGGCUGGGUCGGGGGGGUGUAUGUGCAGACGUGCGGUCACACUCUGCAUAUAGACUGUCAUAAGUCCUACAUGGAGUCCUUACGGAACGAUCAGGUCCUUCAGGGGUUUUCUGUGGAUAAAGGCGAGUUCACCUGUCCGCUGUGUCGUCAGUUCGCCAACAGUGUUUUGCCCUGUCGUCCUGGCCGGGGGAUGGAGACGGGCGCCUGGCACACUCCCAGUAACAAGAGCAUGUCCACACUGGUGAAGGAAGUGGAGGACCUUCAGGAGCAGCUGGGCAUUUUCCCAGUAAGCGCCAGCCUAAAGCAGAGAGAUCCCAUACUGGCCGAGUCAAAUCUGAGUAAAGAGAUGGAAUCUGUUAUAAAGGACAUUAAAAACACCACACAGAAAAAAUACAUGGAUUAUGGGAAGAACCCAGGGUCACCUGACAAUGACUUCCUGUUCAUGUACUCCGUGGCCAGGACAAAUCUGGAGUUAGAGUUGGUUCAUCGUGGGGGGAAUCUGUGCAGUGGAGGGGCCAGUGCUGCUGCCAAACGCUCCUGUCUUAAUCAACUGUUUCAUGUGCUGGCCAUGCACAUGCGUCUCUACAGUAUAGAUUCAGCUUACAACCCCUGGACCAGACUCACACAGAGCACGCAGAGCAGAGACAAUGAGUACUGUGGUGAUGAACGUCCUGAGGUGCCCAUGCUCUUCAGAGACGUCCCUUCCCUCCUCAUCAUCUUCAUCCUUACCAUGCCUCAGCCUUUACGUAAAGAGCACUUCACGUGUGUGGUGAAGGUGUUGUACAGUCUGCAGUACACACAGGCUCUGGCCGCUCUGUCGGUCCGGUUCAGCCCUGAGGAGAGACUCGUCUGGAGCAACACUGGAGCUGCCAAGAAGGUGCUGCAGAACACGCCAAACUCUGACAAAUCAUGGGAGUCACUCCUGGGUCACGUGAUCUCUGAGCUGACGAAGGCCAAAGAUGUGUAUGGCACCAACUCUGAGGAAACCCUUGUGUUGAGCUCCAGUGUGUGGUCUCCCCAGUCCAUCGAGUUCAGCCUACAGCAGUUCUGUCUGCCCUUCCUGAGACUGUCCUGUUUACUGCAGCACCACCUGUAUGGAGACAGCUUACCCGGCUGCCUGGUGGAGGAGGAGUUCUCUCUGCUGGCCGGGUGUCUGGGUUUGGCUGGUUCUGCUCAGUCCAGUGCUGCGUGUCUGGAGUGGAACAUCAGUGCUUUCGAUCUGAUCAGUCAGUGGUGUUCAGAAGUCAUCGCUCUGUCUGAUACUCCCUCCCAGCAGUCUGUGUCUCUAUUAGGUCAGGAUCCGCAGUGGGCCGCCCCUCGCCUCCUGCACCUGCCAGACAAUUACAACACCAUCUUCCAGUUCUACCACAGGAAAUCCUGCACCAGCUGCGGCAAGACCCCCAAAGACCCCGCGCUGUGCCUGGUGUGCGGUGCGUUCGUCUGUCUGAAGGGGCACUGCUGUAAACAACAGGGCGUCUGUGAGUGUGUGCUGCACUCUCAGCACUGCGGAGCAGCGACCGGUAUCUUCCUCCUGAUCAAUGCCUCGGUCAUCAUUAUCAUCCGAGGCCAUCGCUUCUGUCUGUGGGGGUCUGUGUAUCUGGACGCUCAUGGAGAGGAGGACAGAGACCUACGUCGAGGAAAGCCUCUGUAUUUAUGUGAGGAGAGAUACCGCGUUCUGGAGCAGCAGUGGGUCUCGCACACCUUCGACCACAUCAACAAGCGCUGGGGUCCCCAUUACAAUGGACUUUAAAAGUACAGCCCUCAUCCUGGAGAGGACAGGUCACAUGAUGUCAGUGCCAGCCUCUGUGUCGUGUAAUAUAAAGAAAACCUGCUUUGAGUUGGCCACCGCCUGGGUUCAUGUGAGGUUUAGUGUACAAUCAACCCUACAGACUAACAGUGUGUGUGUGUGAGUGUGUUUUAAAAGUGAUUUUUUUGUGUGUGUGGAUUUAUAGGGGGAGAAUUUAGUUUUGUUCCAGCAAACUCAAAGUGAAAGCACACUGAGUGAAUCUGUGUCUAGUCUGUUGGACGCACAAGUGGAAUAAUACUCCCGUGCUGUAAUGUUUGGAAAACUGAAAUAGUUUUGAGGAGAGAGACUCUUGGAGGGAAAAAGAACAAAACCAUUUUGACAAAUAUUAAACAAAUUAUGUAUAGACAUCAAAAUUAAUAUCAGAAGCUUGAAUGCUAAAGGUACCAGGACUCUACAUAUCCCCCCAUGACCCCAUGACCCCAUCGUGCUUUUUGAGUUGAAACACAUCUCAUAGGACUGACUGUGGGUUCGAAAGCAGGGUAUGAGACGAAAUAUGAGCCAAUUAGAGCUAAAGUGAGAUUUCUCUCUGACUCUGUGUAGUUGCUGUCAUCCUCAGGAAUAUUAUUAAUAUUUUUUAUUAUUUUUUUAUUUUUUGCUUGUAGUCUCGGAUAAGAUUUUAAUAUUUAAGAAGUGCUGCUAUUCAUUGUUUGAAUAAAGUAAAUUAUACCUUUGUAAAAAAAAAUAUAUAUAUAUAUAUUUUUUACAAUAUUCAUCUUUUUGUUUUCCUAAUGAAGGCUCUGUUUUUGAUGGUGCUGGUUGGUCCGUUUAGUUUAUUAUUAAAAUAUUCCCCUGCAAUCUUGUAGCACAUUAUAUUUAAUGGCCAGAGACAGAGCUAGUCUUUAUGUAAUGAUCUGUGGCCCUUUCCCUGAGAUAAAUGUCAGAUAAAAAAAUAUAAAACCUAAAUAUAUAUAUUAUAUAUAUAUAUAUAUAUUAUUAUUAUUUUUUUUUUUUUUUUUUUUUUGCAUUAAGAAAAUGAAGUUGAUAUUUGAAUAAAGAUUAUUUGUAUCAUUUUCCCGACUACGACAAUUUGCCCCAAAUUCUUAUUACUGCAAACCAUCUUAAUGUGUUUUUCCCCUCAAUAUAUAUAUUUAUUGUCUGGAAAAUAAUGCAAUACAAUUAUGGUUCUAAAAAUCUGCUUCCUGCUUUCUUUUUUUUAUUGCAAAAUAUAAUUUAAUUCAUUUUUCUGGUUAAGGGUGAAAUGGUGAUCUAUGAAUAUUGAUAGAUUUCCUGAGAUUAGCCAAACUAAUCUUGCCACACACCCACCAAGUCAGCUGUCACUCAAAGUUUUGAUUGUCUUUCCCAUAUCCUAAUUAAAUGAUAAUUCCUGGACUGUUGUCUGAUGGUCCAUAGGGAGCAGUGUUUGCCAUUACACUGAGCUCUGGUUCAGAGAGUCACAUCAUACAGAUUCUCAGAGCCAUUUGAUGGCUGUUCUGUUGGUAGCAAUUGGCUGCCAGAGUCCCAUUUCUCCUCCUCUUAUAUUUUGUUCCAGGUAGUGAAGUUUUCUUUUGUUUAAAGACAUUAUUAUUUGUGUUGUUGUGGUAUUGUGAUGCACACACCAUUCAAUAUUUCAAAUUCCUGAUCUAAAGUGUUCCUUAGAAAAGGGUUGUCACUUUGUUCUACAGCUUUGUACUCGGCCAGAUUGUGUAUAGACCAUUUAUGCAAUAGAAUCAGACCAAAAAUGGAAAAGAAAAUAUCUGUUUUAAUGUGAUCAAAAAGUCAAUAUAAAAAAAGAGUGGGGGAAAAAACUUUACAAUAAAAGUACUUUACACAUAUAGGCAUUUAGCAAAGGCUAGUUUUCCAGUCCGAUAAGUGUGGUGUUCCUCAAAGCUCUGUCCUCGGACCAUCAUUGAUUGUGUAAUCUGUAACUGUGGAGAGGGCAUUAUGUAUACACAAGUUAAUUAUUUGAAAAUGCAUUAAACUGGAUCACAUCAAACUGAAUAUUGGCACACAAUUACUUUAUGUAAUGCAGGUCCUAUUUUAUCAAGUGGGUUAAUUUUAGUACUCCCUCUUUUCAUCAUUGUCCCCUUAAAAAUGAAGAUCAAGCCUCACUUUAACAUAAAAUGACCCCAGUGUAAAACUUACGUGACCACAGUGAGAGUUCUUGUAUGUAUGUAUGUAUGUAUGUAUGUAUGUGUAUACACAUAUAUAUAUAUAUAUAUAUAUAUAUAUAUAUAUAUAUAUAUAUAUAUUUGUCCCAUCAUAUUUGUUGUAUAUAGAACUUUAAUACACAAAUUUAGUUGCAGUUUGCAGUUCAUUUUCCCAUUUGAUGUUUGUAUGUCUAUUUUGGUUGUGCGUUAUGAUCAAAAUAAUGGAAUCAGUCUAGCCAUUGUAAUACUUAAUAUUGAGUGAUAUUAUAAGUGACAUGCAACAUCCAGCUAUAUUUAGGGCAUUUUGCCUUUUGUUUGUUUCUUACUGAAGACAUACACGCACCAACAACACACACAUAUAUACACAUUCAGACAUUUAAGCACUGAUAAAAAAAAAAAAAAAAAAACGUUUGAUUGGUAAGUAUUGAUUAUCAUUGCCGUAGUAAUGCUAUGCUGGAGGGAGGGUGGUUUCAGUGCAUUUGAAGUUUGCUUCUUUUUUUUUUAUUUUGUUUUGAUUUCUUGCAUGCUGCUGUUUUCUUUUCUUUUCUUUUUUCUCUUUCCCCACUCUGUAUAGACCGACAGUUGUGCUUUGUGUGAUGGGUAGAUAAUGCUGGUGUGUUCUCUGGCGGUGAAUGCUGGUCAGGCAGGCAGUAAUACAGUACAUUACUGUAGGUGCUGAUUCAGACUUUGUCAUCUCAGAAAGGGUGACUUUUAAUGACAUUUAAUGCAAAAUGUAACAUAUGUGAAUAAAAUACACCGAUGCUCUGA